CCUUCCACGCUUAGAACACCUUCCACACUCUUCAGCAACGCUAUCAUGCUUCGCGAAAGCCUCCUCGCUGCAAUCGGCCUGCUCGACCUUGCUCGCGCACAGCAAAUCGGCACCAACACGCCUGAGGUCAAUCCCAGUCUGCCGUUUUCCCAAUGCACAUCGUCCGGCUGCACUAAGGUGAACACCGGUGUCACUCUCGAUGCCAACUGGCGUUGGUUGCACACUACUACAGGCUAUACCAACUGCUACACUGGCAACACUUGGGACAAGUCCAUCUGCACUUCCUCCGCGGUUUGCGGUCAGCAGUGCGCCAUCGACGGAGCAGACUACGCCAACACAUAUGGCAUUCGUACCUCUGGCGAUGCUUUGACUCUAGGCUUCAAGACUGGAAACAAUCUCGGCAGUCGCACCUACUUGUUGAAUCCAGCCGGCAAUGCGUACCAGAUGUUCAAGCUCAAAAACAGGGAGUUCAGCUUCGACGUGGAUGUCUCCAAAUUGGCUUGCGGGCUGAACGGAGCACUGUAUUUCUCCGAGAUGCCGGAGAAAGGCGCCGGCGCUCCUGGAGCAAAAUACGGCACCGGCUACUGCGACGCUCAAUGCGCACAAGAUCUGAAGUUUGUCAAUGGAGUGGCCAACAAUGAAGGCUGGGUGCCCUCUCCCACGGAUCAAAAUUCCGGCGCCGGAAAACUGGGCGCCUGCUGCGCGGAAAUGGACGUUUGGGAGGCGAAUUCGAUCUCUCAGGCUGUCACUCCCCAUGUUUGCACUGGUCAAGGCCUCACUACCUGCUCUUCUCCAAGCCAAUGUGGUUCAGGCACUGGCAAUCGCUACAGCGGAAUCUGUGACAAAGACGGCUGCGACUCCAAUCCCUUUCGCCUGGGAAACACCUCCUUCUACGGCCCCGGAAAGACCGUCAACACCAAUGCCAAAAUCACAGUCACGACCCAAUUCAUCACCUCUGGCAACAGCGACACCGGCACGCUCACCGAGAUCCGCCGCAUCUAUAAGCAAAACGGCAAAGUCAUUCCCAACGCCGCCUCCAACAUCGCGGGCAUCGACAAGACCACUAGCGUCAACAGCAAAUUCUGCUCUCAGCAAAAGUCCGUCUUUGGAGACCCCGACGACUUCGCGAAGAAGGGUGGUUUGGCCAAGAUGGGUGACGCCAUGGGUCGUGGUAUGGUCUUGGUCAUGUCCCUCUGGACCGACAAUGCGUCGAGUAUGCUGUGGCUGGACGGCACAUUUCCUGUUGGUGGCUCUGGUCCGGGUGUCGUUAGAGGGACUUGUGAUGCUACCAGCGGCUUGCCGGCCAAUGUCGUGGCUCAGCAUCCCGACGCGAGCGUGACUUUUUCGAACAUCAAGUUCGGAGCCAUUGGGUCGACUUAGGACAUGGUUUG